AUGUUCCCCCGCCAAUCCGCUCGAACUGGGGUUCCGUCUCGUAAUGCAUUACGUGUUCUCCGACAACUAGCUUUUGCUGGGUCAGCCAUUGGAGCCAUUGGUGGUUUCUGUGCCGUCGGAACUAUUACCUACGACCUCCAUCGCCGGGUUCGGUUUGCCGAACGCAUUGUCGAAUCCAAGCGAAGUCUCCAGACGUCAUGUCCAAAUUACAAUGCUGGCGCUGGAGCUGCGACUGUAGCCCAAAUGAUGGAGGCUGCGGAAGCUGGCAAGUUCCUUGGUCUGGCAUCCUUUAAGAAGAGAAGCGAGCGCCAAAGGCAUCAACUUGCCAAUAGCCCAGAAGCGAACAUGGAUCGUGCAGAUGGUGCAGACCCUCGGGAAUCUCACACGACGGGAGUCAGUGAUAAUAGCAUUGAUGUGGCCAACGAAUCUUUCGAGACCGCCGGUCAAACUCCACGUGAGGCCUUAAAACCCCCCGUUCGCUCGUCAGCGAUCAGCCAACCUCAAGGCAUUGUUCAAGUGCCCCCUCAGCCAUCAUUUUUCUUGAAUAAAUAUAAACCUAAAUUGAAGAGCCGCAAAGAAGUGCGUACGGAUCUAGCCUAUUCCAUGAGUGUCCCGCCAGAAUUUCGAGAAAAGUACCAAGAUUUACCGCCGAGUGACCCUUCUCUUGCCGUGCAGAGACUUUUGGAUCACCACAUGCUUGAUGAAGCUACUCUAAGAUUUUUACGUGAUGCGAAUGCAACUUUGAAAACCAACGAGGAAGCCAGGAAUGACAUUGCUGUCCAUCUUUUGUACACAAGUUUGCAUAGAAACAGGAUCCACCUCGCACAGAAGCUCUUCAACUGGUUCGAAGUAAACCAAAAGCUCACUCCAGCGUUAUGGGAGAUCAUGCUGUUGGCGAUGUGGAAAAAUGGGAGGUUUGAGUCGUUAGCGACUCUAUACCUAAAAUAUGCUAAAGAGUUUGAACUCACUCCAGUAUUGUUGAGGGUUGUACUUAAGUCUCUUAUCAGUUCGCACCGAUUAUCCGAGGCUAAGACCGUGUUAUUCAAAUACGUCGGAAAUGAUACGGACUGCGGCGCAUGCGGAAUAUAUCUUGGUGGGCUGUGGAGCAGAACUCGAAGUAUCGUCCUCAUGGAAACGCAAUUUCGAAAAUUGCUGGACACUUUGGCAUCUUGUCGAAUCUCCCCUACGGAGAAGCUUUUCGACCCCUUGCUGGGCGCAUAUGUCGAGUUUGGAAUGUCCGACAAGGCUGAUAUGCUCGUUAAGACUAUGCAAGACACCUACAAUAUCCCGCUCAAAACGCGAACGCUAGGACUCGUUGCGUACGGAAAGGCAGUGAACUGCGAUUGGGAUGGGAAAGGGACUGUGGAAAUGGUAGAGGAAAUUUUACAAACGGUGAAAGAGAAGGGCUGGAAGCUCAAACUGGAACGACCGUACUUCAUGGAACUGCUCCAGGAAGCGCGUCUAUCUGCAAAAUGUAGCCCCACUGGUUUAUGGCGAAUGUUCCGUGCGACUGAACAGAAGUAUGGCUACGCAGCCACAUCCCGCCAAGUGCUGGGAUAUGAUGCAACUUCGUUCCCACUCAAUGAAUCGGAAAAGAAGCCCAAUUCACAAGAAACUGCAGCUAUGUGGCGACGAGCCAUGUCGAUGCCAGAGUCUUCAAGACAUAUAAGACAGUUUACACCGCUACAUACACAGAUGAUGUAUUUCAUAAAUGCCGGAAAACCGGAAUUAUCCUUAACUUCCUUCCAAGAUGCCAAAAAAUCCGGUAUGAUCAUGAAACAUCUACACCUAGAUUUGGCCGUGACUGCCAGUAUUCUGCUCCACGGAGAUACACGGGAUGCGAAAACAAUUCUGCAGGAAUUCGAGACACUGCAGCUCCCGAGCAAACCUGUUACCUCCCAAUUCUUCCAGGCGGUAAUACAAGCAAGCGAAAUGGGUGAGAUAGAAGCCGUAAAGAUGGCAGUCUUGAAUUUCUACAACAUCCGACAACAGAAACUCCUGCCUGUUAAGCACCACGCAGCGUCUACCGUUGCAGCUCGACUCCUGGAUAUCGGCAAUAACGCUGCAGUCCUUGAUAUGUUCCGGGCAAUCAACCAAUCCAAAUACACCGCGUUUGCACCAUUCGAUCCCGUUGCGAUAAAAUUCAUUGCCAGAGCAUUUUAUCGCUCGGGAAACUUCAAGGGCGUUAGGUGGGCGAUAUUUACGGGGCUCAAACGCCCAUCAGCAGUCAACCGCGAUCUUUGUGAUGAGAUCAGUUUCAUUGUUUCAAGAUCCAAGAAUAUCUAUCCCCUGCCAAACAACUAUACGAGAGAAAGCUUCAAUCGGGAGAUGGCUCAUAUCUCGAAAUUGGCACGGAUUCUACGUCACACAUUCAAGGCUAGAAAAUUCGGACCUGAUCGCUUUAUUUCGUUCCCGGAGGCCAUAGAAAUGUUGAAGGGCCAGGCCAGUACGCCUGGUUCGAACACUGGCUCCGGUAACGGCCUGGAGAAGGGUCCACAGCUCAAAGGUUACAAAUUUGAGGAUUUACGGUACACGGAUUAUAUUGUCAGGAACUGGAAGGAGCGUGCGGAGUUGGAGAAAUGUUUCUCGCCAGAUGCGGCCGAGGAACGGGAUUGGAGUGAAAGUGGCGUAUUUGCAGACGGAGCCGAGGAUCCCUUCGAGGAGCCAACUAUGGAGGAAUCCGCGCGGCUUCGUGUCGUAUGA